UUUUCCGUUGUUGUAAGCGCAAAGUAUAAUACAUUUUUACUCCAGUCCAGUUCGUGGCGUUAAUGCAACAUAUUGGAUGCCAACCGCCGUUAAACCUCACCAAAGAAGAAGAAAGUGCGCAACACAAACGUACAUUUGCUACUGCUAGACAGACUGUCAUUUGGAUUUUUAAGAAAGUAUAAAGACUUUGAACAAUAAAGUCGGAUUACGAAAAGUGGAUAUUGCGAGAAGAUCAUCCGUUUAGGUGGGGAACUUUACUCGAACAAACAAACAAACCAAUCCAGGAAAUCGUGUGUUGCUGCUUGUUACGGGAAAAGAAGACGUCAUGCUGCCUUCUAAAAACGUCUGUUGGUCCUUGAUAAUAGGGAUGGUACAACUUGCCUUCAUGGUUCUUCCUGUUCAAGCUCAAGAAUGCUCCAAACCCAUAGGAAAGCCCAACAUGGUUUUGACAGAAGCCUUCAUCACCAAAGAGACAUUUGGAGAGGGAACAAUCGCAAGUUUUGAGUGUGAAACUGGAUAUGUCCGUGCAGGAGGGUCUCGAUCAGUCACAUGUACUGCUGGCGUGUGGAGUACAGUGACACUGACAUGCACAAGAAAGUCAUGUGGCCACCCAGGAGAAGUGAUGAACGGCAAAUAUAUUCUCGAUGAAGGCAUUCUGUUCGGUGCCAGAGCUGCUGUUACCUGUGACACUGGCUAUAUGCUUGUGGGCAGCGGUGUAAGGAACUGUAUGGUCGAAGGCUGGGAUGGCAGAGUUCCUGUAUGUCAAGUGGUGAAGUGUGGAAAGCCCCCCACCAUUGUCAACGGUGGACUUGUUAUCCCACCUGAUGAAGAGUACCACUAUAGAAGUGUUGUGGAAUAUAGCUGUGAGAAGGAAUUCACUCUGGUUGGAACUAAAUCCAUAGUCUGUGAAAAGGACGGAGUAUUCCAGCCAGCUCCACCGGAGUGUAAAAUGGUUUCAUGUCCUGCUCCUGUUGUUGAGAAUGGCGUUAGGAUUCAAGGUCGUCUGCCCCCCUACCAGCACAAGUCUUUUGUGACGUAUAAGUGCAACGAUGGAUAUAAGAUGAUGGGAGAGGCCAGUCUGACAUGUGAAAUAGAAGGCUGGUCAGCUUCUAUUCCCACAUGCAAAGAUGGUGCACCUGAUCCUGGUCCCACUAGUCCCCCAGCGGCCAACAACCACACAUGGAAAAUAGUAGGGGGUGUUCUUGGUGGACUUGGUUUUGUUUGUGUUAUAGGAUUUAUAGUCUACAAAUAUAAAGCACGUGCCAGGUCGUCUUACUUGCCUUAGUUUCCUCUUGCUUCGUUGAUAAGGGAGUCAAAGUGAACAGGCUGCUGUGAUUUAAUGCACUACCCUCCUGCUUAUGAAUGCACCAGCCCCUCCCAAACACCGGGUUCAUUUCCUUUCAAAGGAAGCUUGAUCAUGUGAUGUUUUAGAAACCUCACGAUGAAGAAUGAAUUGGUUCAUUCCAAUUUGGAAGCUUGUGCUUAAUGAGUGGCCUAACCUGAUUAUUCAAUAACUAUUCAUGUUUCCAGUGUACUUCACAAAUAACUUUCUUUAUCUGAGCCUGCUUUCUCAUUGCCAACCACCUUAGUUAAAAUUCUCAUGUAUGGAAGCUGCCCUUUAGGGCAACCCUGCAUGACAAAGCCUGUUUUGCCCGCUCUGAAAUAAAGGAAAUCAUAUCCAUUAAGAUGCCCAGCCAGACUCUCAGUAUAGAACCAUAAAGUGCUGUCAUUUCUAAACAGUAAAACAGAUUUGUAUGAAAAUACCCUCAAAUGUGGCGUUCCGUACUGUCGCCUCGUAUCAAACAUUUGAUCUAAACUGCUGGAGUACAGAGCCUAAUUAAGUUUUAGCUUCACUGACAAAAUAAAUACAUAGGGGAAUGUGUUUGAUGCAACGUCUUAAUAUAAGUCAUGCCACCGAAGGUCAAGGUCAGAUUUUUUUGUUGUUGUUGAUGCAAAUGCGAUUUCAUUUCUAAUGUUUCAUGGGAUCUAAUCACGUGUUUGCUUCAUAUGAACCCAUGUUGUUAUUUAGUAGAGCAGAAUGUUAGGUGAAUAUAAAAGUAGGGUUGACUUUAAUUUAUUCUGAUCAAUGUACCCUACUAAAUAAACAGAGCAGUGUUAAAUGUAAAACAGCAUGUUUUCAAAAUGGAAUGAAAAUGCAUGUUCCAAAAGGUUGUUUCAUUAUAUCUAAGAUGACUAUCUAACAGGAGCACUUUUAAUGAAUAAAAUGAAGUAUUAAUGUGUGUUUAAGUAUAAUGUAGCUCUCACCACUGACUCUAAAUGCUCUACUUUACAUCUGUCUAUUACCAGUUUUAUUAUCAGUGUGGAACAACUUAAGAUAGUAAGUUGUGGUCAGCCAAUUAUGAAUGUUUUUUUUCUACACGUUUGAUUUAAUGUACCAAUCAAUUAAACAGCGCUCAUUUAUACAUGAA